AUGGAGCUAUCAAACAAACUCCGUUGGGACCAGUUCUUGAUUUUGGCAGCAGCACUUAUGUCACCUGCAUUAACGGUGCUGUGUAAUGAUAUCCUCAGCCUGAAGGUGGCAGGAGAUCCAGUGCUAACCCCCAACUCCGUGUGCCUGAGGCUGGCAGGCCUCAGUAAGCGUCAGAUGCGGAUGUGUGUGCGGAGUCCCGACGUGACAGCCUCCGCGCUGCAGGGCAUCCAGGUGGCCAUCCACGAGUGUCAGCACCAGUUCAGGGACCAGCGGUGGAACUGCUCCUCGUUGGAGGGCCUCGGCCAGGUGCCCCAGCACUACACCAUCCUCAACCGGGGCUACCGCGAGAGUGCCUUCUCCCUGGCCUUACUGGCAGCGGGUGUGGCUCACUCUGUGGCCACGGCCUGCAGCAUGGGCAAGCUGCGGGGGUGCGGCUGCGAGGCCAAGCGUCGCCAGGACGAUGACAAGAUCCGACUGAAACUCACACAGCUGCAGCUGCAGACCCUGCAGAAGGGCGGGGUAGGCAUCGGCAUGACACGGUCAUUACCCCUGGAGUUAAACGGUCGCCAUGGUGAGCUGCCCGCUAACCUGCGCUCCACCCACCCCUCCGCCCUGCUCAAGCCUUUACCAGAUGAGCUGAGCUCCAUGCAGGAGACCUGGGAGUGGGGGGGCUGCAGCCAUGACGUCCGCUUUGGGGAACGGUUCUCCAGAGACUGGCUGGACUCCAGCGGGUCUCCAAGAGAUAUCCACGCUCGCAUGAGGAUACAUAACAACCGGGUGGGAAGACAGGCACUGAAUGACAAUAUGAAGAGGAAGUGCAAAUGUCAUGGCACAUCCGGGAGCUGUCAGUUUAAGACCUGCUGGCACGUGUCUCCAGAGUUCCGGCUUGUGGGUUCUCUACUCAAGGAAAAGUUCCGGUCAGCCAUUUUCGUCAACUCACAGAACAAGAACAAUGGGGUUUUCAACACUCGAACGGGAAACGUCGCCGGCAGGAGCACGGGGGGACUCAGUGGAGGCCGCCGCCGCAGCAUGUCCAGAGAGCUGGUGUACUUUGAGAAGUCUCCUGACUUCUGUGAGCGGGAUGCAUCCGUGGACUCCCCAGGCACACAAGGACGCAUCUGCAACAAGACCAGCUACAACACAGACAGCUGCAGCUCACUGUGCUGCGGCCGCGGACACAACAUCCUGAAACAGACACGCAGUGAACGCUGCAACUGCAGAUUUCACUGGUGCUGCUACGUGUUGUGCGACGAGUGUCGUCUCACAGAGUGGGUCAACGUGUGCAAGUAGAUUCAAGUUCACUCUGCAGUCCCAGCUGCCUUUGCCCAUCCAGGACUCAAGACCGUGAGCCUGUCCCUUGGCCCACUCCUGUUGUUCGGGUGUUUGUUUUGCUCUUUGUGUAACUCUCCCAGAGAAUCUGUUUACCCCCUACUCCCCCACCUCUCCUAUUUUUCACUCCAUCAUCUGGGAUCUAUUUUCUCUCUGUAGCCGCUGUUAUUCUGAAAAUGCCAAGUCAGAGAUUGAAGAGGUGAUUCAUGACAUUUGUCGUGUUUAGGCGCUGCCCUCUCAGCCAUGAAAACCGCCUCCUCGCCAUCUUUUCUAUCCCACAAAACAACAACGAGCAACAGCAAAAGAAGUGUUUCUGUUAUAGCCUCACACUUACUCAUCUCUUUGAACAAUAGCCGGGUAUUUUACUGUGUACAUGUAUAUUUGUAAAUUUGUUAUUAAUAUUAAUAUUAUUAUGGUGUUGGGGCCGGUCUUUUCGGUUCUUAUUAAUGACAGGUUGAUGCUGGCUCAGGAUGGUGAGCCUGUGCUGUUGUAGAACAGUCUCACAGCAGAAUAUAUAUUUUGUUACUCGACAAUAUUUUGCACCUGAAGCUCAGACAGAGGAGUCAGUCUCAAGAGUAGAGUUUUAUGAAGGCAAAAAAAGAGUAGAGUGGGUAUUUGUGACGUUUGAAGCACUGAUACUUGUGAUAGUUACCCUUCUCACAGAAGCAGCACGACAGAAAGCACACGUAUGCCUUUUCCAAGCUCAUCAAAGCUUAAUUACCUGUAAGACUUUAAGAUGAGAUGACACCACAUCAGUUCUGGAGACAGAUCGAGGCCUCGAAUCUCUUAACGCUGAAUAAACUAAUCGUUUACAUUUAUUUAUAUCAUUGUAAUAUAGUAACUACUUCACAAGA